CUCUGUUGCAGCAGCACCGAGAAAAGAUCGGAGAACAAGGAAGCAACAUGUGCUGACCAUAAUAACUCCAACACAUCACACAUCACCAGCACAGCCAGGAAAGCACGAAGACACAGCGAGCCGAGCACAAUCAUCGCCGAGUCACACUGUUUUAAAACUUCAUAAUGAAAAGAGAGAUAAAGGCUGGAGUCGACUUCCUCAAGCGCCUGGUAUUGGCUCGUGGCAAGCUUGAUGAAGCCAAGGUAGAAUUGUUUGCUGAGAAGCUUCAGAAACUCUUGUGUGACAAAUAUGAAGACCACUGGUAUCCUGACUACCCCAGCAAAGGCCAAGCCUACAGGUGUAUCCGGUUAAAUAACGGAGGACCCUGUGAUAAAGAGGUCCUGAAGGCAUGCGAGGAGAGUGAGCUCACACACAAUGAGCUCGGCCUUCCACAUGAGAUCACACUGUGGAUCGACCCACUGGAGGUGUUUGCAAGAGCUGGGGAGAACAGCAGGCCCUUUGAAAUAGCCUCAUUUGAUGAGGACGACACGGCGUGUGUGAAGGGAGAACAUGAUGACUCCUCAGUGGCAUCUAUAAACCUGGACACGUCAGACUACCAUUCUGCUACCUCUUCAGAUUGUGGCUCCACUACCUCGAGUGACACAGAGGAGGAGGCAAAAGAAGGCGAGACAGGGAGAGAGCAAAAAAAAGAGACGGACGAGGUUGUGAAGAAGAAUGAGGCGGCAGAAGACGACCCCUACCCCAUAGUGAUGGUGCCUAGGGUUCGGAAACGGAACGGAGAUGGACCAAAUAAGGUCAAAUACGUCAGAAAUAUGCUCCCUGCUAGCCUCCAGUACUUCUACCAGCCUGCACCAGUCUGGCCUCAGUACAAGAAGGGUGCUCCCAUGUUUCUGAACUCGGUGUGCGUGCCUCCAGCGCCGCCUCCUCCUCCACCGCAGCAGGUAUUUGGCUACUACAUCCUGCCCCAGCCGUCUCCACAGUUCAUCCUGCCUCAAGCUGCCCUGCAGCCGUGGGGGGCUGUGAAGGGUUAGACCAUCCAGGAAGUUUUAGGUGAAGAUGGAUUUGAGCAAUACAAAGAUCCUUCAACUGAGCCAUUCCAUGUCUGAUCUCAGCUGUGUCAGAGUUUAACGUUGGCCAAAAAAAGGAGAGCUGAAGGUUAUGCCUCGCACAACUUCUUAUAAUUGUUUUUUUUCCUGUUUCACAGUUUGUUUUUUUUAGAACCCAUCAAGUCCGCACUGCUUGUUAUUUGUUAAUUUGGUUUACAGUAAGACUGACUGACUCAGGAACUCUUAGAAAUAUCUUCAAAGCCAAACAAAUGUCUAUUCAGGGGUUUUAUCUCUUAUUAUAGCAAUCUUUGUAUGUUUUCUCACAUAUUAAGGGUCCUAAAGUGUAAACAUCAUAGCUAAUCAAUGUAAAAUGAUAUUCAGGGUUUUAAUCUAAUGUAGCUAGAGUGAUGAUAUCUGUAUAUUAAGAAAUAUAUUUUUUACUAAACAUAUUGUAAAUAACAACUUAGACACCAUAGACUGAUGCACACUUUCUAACCUUGCGGUUUUGUCAUUGUUGUAAUUUAUAUGGCCACAACUGGAUGGCAAUCACCUCACAGCUUAUAUUUGAACUUUUGAUGAAAUUGUAUAUAUAUAUUUUCAUUACAGUGGCAGCUGUGUAUCCAACUUCAUGGAUCACAAACAUGUUUUUGGAUAGCCUUAAGUCUUUCUGCUGUAAAGUGAAUCCGUUAAACAGCUUCCUUAGAGCUGUGUUUUUAAGGCUGUAAAUAAUUUUGCUUCACCAGAAAUACGCUACAGCUAUAGAAAACGUGAAUGGAUGUUUCACCCUCUGAUUUUUAUCUGCUUUUAUUUUUUUGUUUGUGGAAUGAUAUUGAUUUUUGUUUUAUGUCAAUGCAACUUGCAGAUUAUUAAAUCAACACAAGCCUGAAAUGA